AUGAACUCAGUUCAAGCAGUAGUAAAAAUUAGACCAAAUAUCUUAGCCUAUGACCCAAACUAAGAAUGUAUUUUAUUUGAAAUUUACCAAAUCAAUAUGACCUAGGUCUAUCAUUUUGACCAAGUGAUCUAAAAUUCUUCAGACAAUUCAAUUCUAUUUCAUUAAAAAGUAGCACCAAUAGUAGACUAAAAUUAAGUAAAAGGCAUCCUAGACUUCACAGCUGAAUAUUUGCAGUCAACAUUUCAGUAGAAAAAUGAAUGGCUUCUGACAUUUACCUUCGUUGAGAUUUACAAUGAACAAGUUAGAGAUCUUUUAAAUAACUCUGGAUAAUAAACAUAAUUGACCAUUAGGGAGGAUUAAACUGGAAAGAUCUAAUUAGUUGGAGCAAAAGAAGUAUCUCUAUCAGAAAUUGAAAUGAAAGAUGAUUUAAGAACUCUUUCUUCUGAGAUUCAAGCACUUAUACUGAUGGGAAAUAAAAAUAAGACUGUUGGAGCAACUAUGGCUAACUCUUAGAGUUCACGAUCUCAUUCAAUCUUUACUAUGAAUUUGAGGUAUAAAAAUGAAGAAAGCUCCAUAGUUUCUUCAAAAUUAAACAUUAUUGAUUUAGCUGGGUCUGAGAGAAUUCAAGAUACACAAGCAUAAGGAAUGAGAUUAAAAGAAGCAUGCUAAAUUAACAAGUCAUUGUCAAAUUUAACUGAGAUUGUUUCUCAGAUUGCAUCAAAUAAGAAGAGGUAGAGUUAGGUAUUGAGAUUCAGAGAUUCGAAGCUUACAUUUUACCUCAAAGAUUCCCUAAGUGGGUAAUCCUUUAUACUAUUAAUUGCUUGCAUCAGCAAUGAAGCUCGGUUUGAGCAAGAUUCCAUUAGGACUAUAGAAUUCGCGAACAAUCUUAGGUAAAUAAAAACAGAUUAGCUAAAAAGAAAUGAAACUUUUGGUUAAGAAAAUAAAGCCUAAUUAAUUGCUGAUCGCAAAAGAAUAAAGGAAUUAGAGGCUAGAGUUUAGGAAUUAGAACACCUACUUGCAUAUUAGUCUAACUCUUAUAGUAAAAUAGAUAGAUACUUUCAAUAAGAUCUAGUUGACAAAUCAGAGAAAAAGUAUAUGCUAUUACAGCUAUUAGAUGUAAACAAGUAAUUGAAUUAGUACUUGAAAAAUCAAGAAAAAUCUGAUGCCAACUAUAUCCAAUCAAAAGUCUUUCAUGAAUUAUAUAGAACCAUCAUUGAUGAUAAUGAUCAAAAUGGAAAAAAUCGCUUAAUGGAAAUAAAUUAAACAAGAGCGAAGUUUGAAUCGAAAAAGCUUGAUCUCUCAAAAGCUAUUGAGGCAAUUUUUAAAUCUGAGUAGAGCAUAUCUGAACUGUAACGCAGUUAAAGUCUGAUUAACAUAAAUAAUGAAUUCAUGGAUGCAAUUAAUAAAAAUGAUUCAGUGAAUUAGAGUCUCAAGCAAGAGUAGCCUUAAAUUUCAAGUAUCUAGAAUCUAGAGCAUUAAAUAAGAACUUUGGAAUUUGAACUUAAUGCAUUAGAGAUUGAAUCUAUCGAGCAAGUUGAUAGACUUCAUGAUGAAAAUUUGAUAUUGAGAUAGCAAGUAAAACAGCUAUCUAGUGACUUAAAUGAAACUAGAUAGCAGACUGAGGAGCUGAUAAACUGGUACUCUCAAAGGUACAAUCUGCUUAAAAUUACAAAGGAGGAAAAAAUUGCUAAGUUUGAAGUUGUCAUCAAAAGGCAAAAAGAAACAUUAUAGAAAUUAUAGUAAAUUUAGCCCUAGCAAUUAAUGCAACAGUUGAAAGAAAAGGAUGAUCUUAUAGUAGAAUUAUAAAACUAGAUCAGUGCUUUUAUAAAGUGUCAGAAUAAUAUUGCUGUUAGAUUUAGACUAACAAAUGUUUGA